AAGGUUAAUUGGUGCUUCAGGAAACGUCAUCUGAAAUGCGACGAGGGAAAGCCAUCUUGCCUCAAAUGUAUCAAGGGCAAAUUCGAGUGCACCUAUCAGACUAGCUCUCCACUUUCCAAGGGUAAAAAGUCUCGCGAGCAGACGGCCAAGUUGCUGGCCCUAGCACCUCGACCAAUCCGCUCCCGUGAAGCCCCGGAUUCCACCCCUUCCAUCAUCCAACAACCUGCAUCUUUCAACCUAAAGACAGCGCGCGAAGCUCACUACUUCCGAUUUUUCUGCACCAAUGUUGCUGUCCAGCUCUCUGGUCUUUUCGACUUGUCUUUGUGGAAUCGUCUCAUCCUCCAGACAAGUGAGGAAGAAGAAUCCGUUCGACGCGGCAUCAUUGCUUUGGGCGCUUUACAACAGUCCAUCAACCAGAAAGGAGAGCAAAACAACCGAUAUCUCGCAUCUAUUGCACCGAAUGACGAGCAUCAUCGAUAUUCCGUGGAACAAUACCAAAGAGCGAUCAAACUCAUGAGACACUCAAUAUCGCUUCGAACACAUAGUCUCAGGACGACUUUACUCAACUGCUUGCUAGCAAUUUGCUUCGAAACAAUGCACGGCAAUGAUCAAUCAGCCAUUGCUCAGAUGGAAGUUGGAGUCCGCCUCUUGGAUGAUUACAUCUCUAGCAAAAGAAUAUCCUCCCCUCGUCAGGGGAGAAAUAUUCCCGCGGCCAGUCCCGACUUUCAUGAACACCCUAUCUCGCCAUCUUAUGCACUAGAGUCUCCUGCUCCACAUGAGAUCGAAGACGAAUUAGUUCACGCUUUCACACGUCUAGACACACAAGCCAACUCAUUCCUCGAUGCAAGACCUCUCGAACACCACAUGGUCAUGAGGUUUCACGGUUCGGACUGCUUGGCACGCAUGCCAACGACCUACUGCAGUAUAGAUGAAGCUAGGAAAUACCACGAGCUCCUGGGCCGCCGAGUCUCUCAUUGGACAAGUACCCUUGGUGGAAGGAAUUUCUUCUUCAACGAGUAUCAUGUUGUCCUGGACGAUCAAAAAGAGGGAAGCAUUCCGAAGACACAUAGUAUACCGGAGGAAGUUUAUAUGGAGAGACAAGAGCAUCUUGACGACCUCGAUCGAUGGUGGCAAGCUUUCACCCCGCUUUGGAUCAGGUACCAAUACCAGAUGGACAGCAGAGAAUACCUUUGCGCAGUAAAUCUCCGGCUACGCUUUGUUGUUACCCGACUUAUGCUGUCAAUGGCUCUCGUUGCAAAUCAACUCCUCUUUGAUGAGCAUAUUGACGAAUUCCACGAAGUGGUCUAUCUUGCAAAGAUUUUGCACUCCAGUUCAUUAGCAGAAGGACCAUUGUCCUUCGAUCUGGGUUAUAUACCCGCUCUCUUCACUGUUACCUCGAAGUGUCGCGAUCGGCGUGUGAGACGUGAGGCUGCGCAUUUGUUGCUUUCUAAGGCGUGGAGAGAGGGAUUGUGGGAGUCUAAUGUUACGGGCAGGGUCUCGGCUGCUGUUAUUGAUAUCGAGGAGGAAGGCUUGCAAGGGGAUUUUGUGCCGGAGGAGGCGAGGAUAAAGAGUAUGAGAUUAAGAUUUGACUUACCGAGUAAGGAGUUGAGGUUGUCGUGUACUAUGGCAAGCGGCGAUAUCAAAGACCGAACGAUAAUGUGGUGA